GAGAUGCGGGACCCGGUGUCAGGCCUAGGUCGAGCCGUCUGACGCGAGCCCCGAAUCGUCCGUCCGUCGCAGUCGGCGCAAGCAGAGAGCGGCGGAAGGAAGGAAGGGGAACCAAGGAGCGCAAGCAAGAGGCGGCGAGGCGGAGGAGGAUGGGGUUCAUGCUGCGGGUGAGGCUGGCCUCCUUCUUCGCGGGCGCGGCCGCCGCGGCGGCGGGCGGCGGCUACUUCCUCUACAAGGACUACAAGCUCGCCCACGACUCCACGGCCCUCCAGGUGAAAGGUCUGCAUGACCACGUGGACGCCCGUUACAAGGCUCUCGACAAGCGGCUUGCAGCUUUGGAGGCCCAGAAAAGCGUCGACUCCUCUCCGGCUGUGGACGCGCCAUCGGGCUAGUCGUCCGUCUGUCCAUCACGAGGCUUGACAAGUGGAUGAUUCUAAGUCUGUUUACUUUAACAUGCGCGCGCUAUCUGCUUCUCCUUUGAAGGCAAGGGGCCUGUGACUGACAGCGAAAUAAUAUAGCGAACGGUUUUUGUUUUGUUGUGUGGGCAAGAAGAAGCUCCUUUUGUUGCUUGAGGGGAUGCAUCAGACCUUUGCACACCAUUUUGCACUUGCUGUCGCUUAUCCUGGGGAUUCAACCCGAACCCUUUAUCGA